UGUCUGCUUUCAAACAGCCAAGGUACGGAAGCAUAAUACUUUUCUAUAGGAUUUCAUAGCAGGCAAUGUUUCUUAGUAUCUUAGUAGUCAUUCCUCAUAGUACCUUUUUUUUAAUAUUAUCUUUUUUUUUCAUGAAAACUUUGGAAAAUUCCACAAUGACACCUGUAAAAUUUUUUGACAUUGCUAUAUAAAUUUUAAAAGUAUAAUUUUGAGUUUUAAAGGCAAAUAAUACACAUUUAAAUAACAAUGUAUUUAAUACCGAUUGAUAAAUGGGCUCGCUUUUUUCGUAUCGUAUCGCAAAAUGGUGGGCCAUUCAAAGCUCUUUACAAGCUUUGGAGGACGGACACGCUGAAGGAAGGUAAGCUGAUGGGCGUGGAUUGUUCCGGCAACAAAUACUAUGAGAACAAGAAUUAUAUGAUGGGCCGUAGCCGAUGGGUCGACUAUGCGCCCAACGUCAAAUUGGAAUACGACGCUAGUCAGGUGACGCCGGAGUGGUUUGGUUGGCUUCAUUAUAAGACAGACCGGCUGCCAAGCGAGGAUUGCGCCAAGUACCGCCUCUACAGCUGCUGCUGGUGCCACCGCUGGCUCCUGCCUCACUCUGAGAACAUGUCCGGAACCUCAGAAGCCUAUUAUCCAUACAGUACUGUUAGAUCUCAUAUUAACGUUUGGGAUGGUAACACUGUGUGUACCCGCCCUUGUUUACCUAUUUAAUUUAUUAUAUCCAAAAAUAUACAUUUUUUAUAUAACUUUUUAUAAUUACUAAAUAUUUUGUUACAAUUGUUGGAUUCCAGCUAUAAACGUGAUUGUUGUUUCUAAGACAUCCUUUCUGCUCUGAGCUAUCAUGUUAUGGUCUCUGUGACACAGAUACUGUCACUAAUAAUUAAUUAAUUACUGUCUCUUAAUAAUUUUAUUUUUACUAAAAAAAUAAAAUUAUAACUAGAAAAUGUCCUUAUAUAGAAGAUAGUAAAAAAAAUAUGUGAUGGCCUGUAAUAGGAGCAGUAAAGUUAAAACAAUGUUUUUUUUAGAAUUUUUGUCUGUCUGUUUGUAUUUUUAUUCUGGCAUCACACAAAAAUUACUGUACCAAAGUAGAUGCGAUUUUAGCGAUUGUAUUUCUGAAGAUCUAUCUUAAGAAUUGGUGUAUGUUUUAUUUUGAUACGCCAUCUAAGUGGUUCUCUAACUAGUUCACAAAAUGGACCCUAGGAAAAUAUUGUUAAGCCCGAGAAAAAUACAAAUAUUUUUUCGACGUGACUGCCUGCAUUAGCUGUAACCAAUAAAUAGUGUUAUUUCUAUGGGCAAUGAUAUAAACCCUUAUAUUACAUUAAAUUCCGAAAUGGUAUAUAUUUUCAUAAAAUAUGUAAUUCGCUUAAAUAUUUCCGUACAUUUAGUCCACUUUAAAGGAC